CACAAACCGUUUUAGCACCAAUUGUGUGUUUUUCUUGUAUGAAAACAUGGACGAUUGAUGCGCGUUAUAUCAACACAUUGCACUGCCUGCAUUUUGAUCACCUCAACCUUUUAUUUCCCCUCUAAUCGUCCUUUGUUAUUGGUUCUGCUCACUGGAAUGCUCCAACCUGUGAUCCUGACUGAUUGAGCCAGAAGCAGUCAAGUGUUAUGCACCUCCACUGCAGCUUGUCACUCGCACCAGUGGACUCUCGGUGACACCUUCAAGUGGGUAAUCCCUUCAAAGAGUCAUCUUCAGCCAAAUGAUGACGCUGAGUCGUACAUCCCAGAUGACCUGACCUUUUACACAGCAGUUUUAUUCUACCCUCAGCAACAUUCUGCUGAGUUUCCAUUCUUGGAUUUUAUGACGGCUCCACGGACGUGUCAGCAUGAUAUUACGCCUGCUGCUUCGCCCCCCUCCUCUUCGUGGCAUCGCUGCGUCACUUCGGCACAUCUGCACGGAAGGCCCUGCCCUCAAGCCCGCGAUCGCUCAAGAGUCCGUGGAGGUGUUAGGCCACGCCUACCCCUGCGAUGACUUCACCAACGUAACCCCCAAGAUCCUGGCCAAAGUGGGCCACGACCUCCACAACCGCUCCCAUCAUCCUCUCUGGCUCGUCAAGGAGAGGAUCAAGGCUCACUUCUACAGUGCCUACAUCGGUCGCUGGGGCAACCCGUUGUUCUCCGUCCACGACAACCUGAGCCCCGUGGUUACCGUGGAGCAGAACUUUGACAGCUUGCUGAUUCCGCCCGACCACCCCAGCAGGAAGCGUGGAGAUAACUAUUACCUGAACAGGGCCACCAUGCUACGCGCUCACACCUCCGCCCACCAGAGGGAGCUGGUAAAAUCCGGUCUGGACGCUUUCCUAUUGGCUGGAGACGUUUACCGACGGGACGAGAUCGACGCCAGUCACUACCCAGUUUUCCACCAGAUGGAAGGCGUGCGACUCUUCUCCGACCACGAGCUCUUCUCCAAGGUUCAGAACGGCAAAGACCUCCAGAUGUUUGAGGUCGCCGGCCGCAGGAUGCCACAGAAACAGGAAACGCACACCCUGGAGGCCGUCAAGCUGGUGGAGUUUGACCUGAAACGCACGCUGACGCGACUCGUCGCCCACCUGUUUGGAAAAGAUGUGGAGGUGCGCUGGGUGGACUGUUACUUCCCCUUCACUCAUCCUUCCUUUGAGAUGGAAGUGCGUUUCCAGGGCGACUGGAUGGAGGUGCUGGGCUGUGGAGUCAUGGAGCAGCAGCUGCUCAACUCUGCCGGCGCCGACAACAAGCUGGGCUGGGCGUUCGGACUGGGCCUGGAGAGGCUGGCCAUGGUCCUCUACGACAUCCCCGACAUCAGGGUCUUCUGGAGCCAAGACGAGCGCUUCCUCCGGCAGUUCCGAGUGGACGACAUCCACCAGGCCGUCCGCUUCCGGGCCCUCAGCAAGUACCCGCCCCUGCUCAACGACAUCUCCUUCUGGCUGCCAGCGGACGGGCGCCACUUCGACGCCAACGACUUCUACGAGCUGGUGCGCGCCAUCGCCGGGGACCUGGUGGAGAAGGUGUCGCUGGUGGACGACUUCACGCACCCAAAGAGCGGGAGGCGGAGCCACUGCUUCCGCAUCGUCUACCGCCACACGGAGCGCACGCUGAGCCAACGGGAAGUCGGCCUGGUCCACCAGACGAUCGAGCGCAGCGCCGUGAGCGAGCUGGGCGUGGAGGUUCGAUAAUGAGCGGGCCACUUUAUUAGGGAUGCCGUAGAAUCUGCUGGUAGAAUCGUGCUUUAAUUUGAUGUUUUUCAAACAAUGCUUUUCUUUGCUUUACUAAAAAAAAAUCAAUAAUAAAAAUGAGGAACAAUU